UGGUGGGUACACUUGACGUCGUGCUGGACUCCAGCGCUCGGGUGGCUCCUUACCGCAUCCUGUACCAGACUCCCGACUCUCUGGUUUAUUGGACCAUUGCCUGUGGUGGUUCCAAGAAAGAAAUCACUGAACACUGGGAAUGGCUGGAGCAGAAUCUGCUGCAGACGCUCUCCAUCUUUGAAAAUGAAAACGAUAUCACCACGUUUGUGAGAGGAAAAAUACAGGGCAUCAUUGCAGAAUAUAACAAAAUCAAUGAUGUAAAGGAAGAUGAUGACACAGAGAAGUUUAAAGAAGCCAUCGUGAAAUUCCAUAGGCUGUUUGGGAUGCCUGAAGAAGAGAAACUUGUCAACUAUUACUCUUGCAGCUACUGGAAGGGGAAGGUCCCCCGUCAGGGUUGGAUGUACCUCAGUAUUAACCACCUUUGCUUUUAUUCUUUUCUUAUGGGAAGGGAAGCCAAACUGGUAAUCCGGUGGGUGGACAUCACUCAGCUUGAAAAGAACGCCACCCUGCUUCUGCCCGAUGUGAUCAAAGUGAGCACACGGUCCAGCGAACACUUCUUCUCUGUAUUCCUCAAUAUCAAUGAGACCUUCAAGUUGAUGGAGCAGCUUGCCAACAUAGCCAUGAGGCAGCUCUUAGACAAUGAGGGAUUUGAGCAAGAUCGCUCCCUGCCCAAACUGAAGAAGAAGUCUCCUAAGAAAGUGUCUGCUUUAAAACGUGAUCUUGAUGCCAGGGCCAAGAGCGAGAGGUACCGUGCACUUUUCCGGCUACCCAAAGAUGAAAAGUUAGAUGGCCACACAGACUGUACCCUCUGGACUCCAUUUAACAAAAUGCACAUUUUGGGCCAGAUGUUUGUGUCCACGAAUUACAUCUGCUUUACCAGUAAGGAGGAGAAUUUAUGUAGCCUCAUCAUCCCACUCCGUGAGGUGACGAUUGUCGAGAAGGCAGACAGCUCCAGUGUGCUCCCCAGCCCUCUCUCCAUCAGCACCAGGAACAGAAUGACCUUCCUCUUUGCCAACCUGAAAGACAGAGACUUUCUAGUGCAAAGGAUCUCAGACUUCCUGCAGCAGACAACUUCCAAAAUAUACUCUGACAAGGAGUUUGCAGGGAGCUACAACAGCUCAGAUGAUGAGGUGUAUUCUCGGCCCAGCAGCCUCGUCUCCUCCAGCCCCCAGAGAAGCACAAGCUCCGAUGCUGAUGGAGAGCGCCAGUUCAACCUCAACGGCAACAGCGUCCCCACGGCCACCCAGACCCUGAUGACCAUGUACCGGCGGCGGUCUCCCGAGGAAUUCAACCCGAAGUUGGCCAAAGAGUUUUUGAAAGAGCAAGCCUGGAAGAUUCAUUUUGCUGAGUAUGGGCAAGGGGUCUGCAUGUACCGCACCGAGAAGACGCGGGAGCUGGUGCUGAAGGGCAUCCCGGAGAGCAUGCGGGGGGAGCUCUGGCUGCUGCUCUCAGGUGCCAUCAACGAAAAGGCCACACAUCCUGGGUACUACGAAGACCUCGUGGAGAAGUCCUUGGGGAAGUACAAUCUCGCCACGGAGGAGAUUGAGAGGGAUUUACACCGGUCCCUUCCAGAGCACCCGGCCUUCCAGAAUGAAAUGGGCAUCGCAGCUCUGAGGAGAGUGUUAACAGCUUAUGCUUUUCGAAAUCCUAAUAUAGGGUAUUGCCAGGCCAUGAAUAUUGUCACUUCAGUGCUCCUUCUUUAUGCCAAAGAGGAAGAAGCCUUCUGGCUGCUCGUGGCUUUAUGUGAGCGCAUGCUCCCGGACUACUACAACACCAGAGUUGUUGGUGCCCUGGUGGACCAAGGUGUCUUCGAGGAGCUGGCCCGAGACUACGUCCCGCAGCUGUACGACUGCAUGCAGGAUCUGGGCGUGAUCUCCACCAUCUCCCUGUCCUGGUUCCUCACCCUCUUCCUCAGUGUGAUGCCCUUUGAGAGUGCAGUUGUGGUUGUUGACUGUUUCUUCUAUGAAGGAAUCAAAGUGAUAUUCCAGCUGGCCCUCGCUGUGCUGGAUGCAAAUGUGGACAAACUGCUGAACUGCAAGGAUGACGGAGAGGCUAUGACCGUUUUGGGAAGGUACUUAGACAGUGUGACCAAUAAAGACAGCGCGCUGCCUCCCAUUCCCCACCUCCACUCCUUGCUCAGUGACGACGUGGAGCCUUACCCCGAGGUGGACAUCUUCAGACUCAUCAGAACUUCCUAUGAGAAAUUUGGAACUAUCCGGGCAGACUUGAUUGAACAGAUGAGAUUCAAACAGAGACUGAAAGUGAUCCAGACGCUGGAGGAUACUACGAAACGCAACGUGGUACGAACCAUUGUGACAGAAACUUCCUUUACUAUUGAUGAGCUCGAAGAACUUUAUGCUCUUUUCAAGGCAGAACAUCUCACCAGCUGCUACUGGGGUGGGAGCAGCAAUGCACUGGACCGGCACGACCCCAGCCUGCCCUACCUCGAGCAGUACCGCAUCGACUUUGAUCAGUUCAAGGGCAUGUUUGCUCUGCUCUUUCCCUGGGCGUGUGGAACUCACUCAGACAUUCUGGCCUCCCGCUUGUUCCAGUUAUUAGAUGAAAAUGGAGACUCCCUGAUUAAUUUCCGAGAGUUUGUCUCUGGCCUGAGUGCCGCCUGCCACGGGGACCUCACAGAGAAACUCAAACUCCUGUACAAAAUGCAUGUCCUUCCUGAGCCAUCCUCUGAUCAAGAUGAGCCAGAUUCUGCUUUUGAAGCAACUCAGUACUUCUUUGAAGAUAUCACCCCAGAAUGUACACAUGUGGUUGGACUGGACAGCAGGAGCAAACAGAGCGCUGACGAUGGCUUUGUCACAGUGAGCCUAAAGCCAGACAAAGGGAAGAGGUCAAAUUCCCAAGAAAAUCGGAAUUAUCUGAGACUCUGGACGCCAGAAAAUAAAUCUAAGUCAAAGAAUGCGAAGGAUUUACCCAAACUGAAUCAGGGGCAGUUCAUUGAGCUGUGCAAGACAAUGUAUAACAUGUUCAGCGAGGACCCCAACGAGCAGGAGCUGUACCACGCCACGGCAGCGGUGACCAGCCUCCUGCUGGAGAUCGGGGAAGUGGGCAAGCUCUUCGUCGCCCAGCCUGCAAAGGAGGGUGGGGGUGGGGGCAGCGGGCCGUCCUGCCACCAGGGCAUCCAGGGCAUGCUCUUUCCCAAGAAGGGGCCCAGCCAGCCUUACGUGGUGGAGUCAGUGGAGCCCCUCCCGGCCAGCCUGGCCGCUGACAGUGAGGAACACUCUCUCGGGGGACAGAUGGAGGACAUCAAGCUGGAGGACUCCUCGCCCCGGGACAAUGGGGCCUGCUCCUCCAUGCUGAUCUCCGAUGACGACACCAAGGACGACAGCUCCAUGUCCUCGUACUCCGUGCUGAGUGCCGGCUCCCAUGAGGAGGACAAGUUGCACUGCGAAGACAUUGGGGAGGACACAGUCCUGGUGCGCAGCGGCCAGGGCUCGGCGGCGCUGCCCCGGAGCACCAGCCUGGACCGGGACUGGGCCAUCACCUUCGAGCAGUUCCUCGCCUCCCUCUUGACUGAGCCUGCCCUGGUGAAAUACUUUGACAAGCCCGUGUGCAUGAUGGCCAGGAUUACCAGUGCAAAAAACAUCCGGAUGAUGGGCAAGCCCCUCACCUCGGCCAGUGACUACGAAAUCUCGGCCAUGUCCGGCUAACGCAGGCACCUUCCCUGGGGAGGGAGAAGGGGGGAGGGUUUUUUAUGUUCUUCUGUGUUGGGGUUUCUUUCUUUUAAAUUAAAUAUUUAUUAGUACCUGGCUUGAAGCCUAGUGUUUUCAUAACAUAAUACAAUGAAAACUGUUGGAGAAAUAUAUAAACACCUCAAUGUAGGUACAGUUACACUCUUGGUGGGGGGAGGGGGAUUUACCAGAAUACAGUUUAUUCAGUGAAUUACAGAAAAAUGAAUUUGUCAGUGAUAUGUGUAUAUUAUACCUUAUUAAUCUUGCUGUUGAGCUGUAUACAUGGUUUAAAAAAAUAGUGCUGUUUCAUGCUAAAUAAGGCAGCAGUCAUUUGUGUAUUCAGGCUUUUUAAAUACAAUUAGGGCUGCAAGGAAAAUGAAAUAGAACAAAUACGAGACUCUUCUUUAAUGGAAAAGGCAUUGUCAGCUGGGGUAAAUCCUGUACCACUUUAGAGAGUAUUGGAAUAUUUUUAUGAUUUGAAAUAUACUUCAUAAAAGUCUCUAUUCAAAAAUCAUAUUAAAAAGAUGUUCCCCUUCAAAGGGAAAACAUUUGGGGUUCUAAACAAUUAUAAAAAUGUAAGUGACUUUUUUUUUACAUGAUACCAGAAUAACACUUGUAUUGGAUCAAUUUGGACAAAGACCAAUUUUGCAUUAAAAAAUUGUUCUGAUCAUUUAUGUCAGCUGAUCAGAACUCAGGGGAAAGUAACAAUCUUUUGUUACAGAGACUUUGAAAGUGGCAGCAGUGAUAGAAGGCUCAGGAUAGGUUGGGGAGGUGUUUGUUUUUUAAAGUACUGAUGCUUCUGAUACUCAGUGUUCAGCUUCUUAUUACUUAAUGCAAAUAGAGCGAAAAACGAAGCGAUACACUUUACCAUUUCUAUAUUCUCCAUAGAUUCAAGAAAUUUAUACCACAUAUCGCGUAUGACCAUCUUUCCAUUAAAUUGAUGUAGAGAUAAUGUAAACGGAAAACAAUCUGCAAGAUAAUGUAACUGAAUGUUUUAAAACAGAACUUGUCACUUUAUAUGAAAGAAUAGUAUGCUCUAUCUAUUUCCUGAAUGGAUGUGGAAAUGAAAACUAGCACACCUGCACUUUGAAUUCUUCUUUUUUAUUACUAGUAGAGUUUUGGGUUUUUUUACAGACAUUGGAAAGUUUUUUCUUCUUAUCGUUGAAUUCAUAAUCAUGGUCACAUUUCCUUUGCUUAUUCAGAAGAUUCCUUUCGACGCAUUAUUUUCAUAUACCUUGUGUCUUUAGUUAGCUGUUGCUGCUGUUGAUUGUUUUGUUUACCGAAUGAUUUUUAAACUGUCCAAUGAAGUAGUGUUAACUUCAAAUAGGAUAAAUGUGAACAAAUAAAAUACAUCAGAUACUCA